AUGUGCUAUUGUAAUUAUGUACUAUUUAUGUAGAAUGUUCAUAUCGAUGCGCUGAAUGUAGUGGAACAGUAGAUAAUUGUUAAUCCUGUCCUGAAUAUUCUUAUAGAGAACUAGGAGUUGAUAACUCUUGUUCUUGCCCAAUAGGAUCAUACGAUUAAAUUAAUAAUCCUAAAUGCUUAAGUAUUUAAUACUCAUUAUUUCAAAAGUAUGUCAUUAUACAUGUAUGACUUGUAAUGGUUCUUCAUUAAAUCAGUGUACUUCCUGUAAUCCAUCAAGCAGAAGAAAUUUAGAUAACUUAAACUAAUGUCUAUGUGUUAGCAAAUACUAUGAUGAUGGCAAGUAAUCAGAAUGCUAAGGUUGAUACUUUAAUCAUCAAAUACUAGGUUGUGAUGGGUCUUGCUUAACUUGUAAAGAUUCUUCCUUAAAUUGCAGUUCAUGUAAAACAGGUAAAUAUUUGGAUGGAAACUCUUGCAAGUGUCUAACGAAAUUAUAGGGUGCCCCAAUAAGUAGCUACUAAAUACAGGGUAAAUAGGAUUGCUAGAGUAAGAAUUGUUAUAUGAAUAGAUUGUCAUUUCUCUUGCCUAAGCUGUAAUGGAUCAUCUGCGACAUAAUGCACUUCAUGUUUAGCAAGUGAAAUGAGAGAAUUGCAAGAAACCAGUUGUGUUUGUAUUCCUCAUUAUUUUAAUAUUGGUAAACCAAGCUGCUAAAGUACUAUAUUAAAAAAUAUUCAGUUUGUAAUUAUAAAUGUGAAACUUGUGAUAAAUUAGAAAAUUAUUGUUUAACUUGUUCUGCUUCAAGUGUAAGAGUAUUAAACAAUUCAUAAUGUUUAUGUCCAUCUGGAUAUUUUGACGAUGGAUUAGAUUUGAUAUGUUAAAGUAUACAAUUUAUCAUUAUUAGAAUGUCAUUAUAGUUGCUUAUAAUGUAGUUCCAUUUCUAAACAUUGUGAUUCUUGUACUUCAACAUCUCAUCGAUAUCUUGAUCCAAUCCUGUUUAACUGUAGGUGCUUGGAAUCUUAUUAUGACUCAGGAAUUGAUUCAUGUGAAAAAUGUCAUUACUCUUGUUUCACCUGUAAUUAAAAUGGACCUGAGUCAUGUAAUUCAUGCAUUUUUGCAUCCUUAUCUUUUAGAGUGUUAAAUCAAAAUAUAUGUUAAAGUUUGGAUGGGUAUUUUGAUGAUGGAUUCUCUUCAAAUUGUAUGAAAUGCUCUAUCAAAUGUUUAAGUUGCAACCAUACUGCAGACUUUUGUACUUCAUGUCCAAUUACUAGACAUUUGGAGGGAAGCAACUGCAAUUGCAAUACUGGUCUUUUUGAAACUAAUCUUGAAAUUUGUAGUCAAUGUAAUUCUAGUUGCAAUUUUUUAUUGCACAUCUUGUAAACCUAUGAAAAUAUUAACAAAUAAUAUCUGCUAAUGCGUUGAUGGAACUUAUGAGUCUGGAGAUGAUCAUUCAUGUUUAUUUUGUCAUCCUACUUGUUUGACAUGUUUUAAUACUCCAAAUUACUGUACAACUUGUUCAGCAGAUAAUUUCAGAAUAUUCUAAUCUGGAAAUGUUUGCAUAUGUUAAAAUGGAUUCUAUGAAGAUUCUCUUAACUUAGCAUGUAAAUAAUGUGAUAUUUCAUGUCUAACCUGUUCAACAAUAGCUACUUAUUGUACAUCAUGUGAUCCUCUGCUCAAUCUCAAUUUAAGUGUUCAAAACGAGUGUGUUUGCUAAGCAAACUAUUUUUUCAAUUAUACCUCAAAAAAAUGUCAAGGUAUCUAACAUUAUAAUUUUCAGCCUGCAAUAGUACUUGUAAGGAAUGUAAAGAGAUGGCAAAUUAAUGUAUUACAUGUGAUAUAAUAACAAGAUAUUUCGAUCAAGAUAACUUUAAAUGUCCAUGCAGAGAUGGGUACUAUGAGACUUAUUCUAAAUAGUGUUCAUGUAAUAAGUUGUAUAUUAGAUAGUAUGUGAUCUGAGUUGUUAAAAAUGUAUGAUUUCAUCCAUGCAAUGUUCAUCCUGCGAACCAUUAUAUUUUAGAAUCUUAAACAUUACUUAAUAGUGUAUCUGCUAAGAAGGAUAUUAUGAUAUUGGAAUUGAAAUGUGUUAAAAAUGCAAUAACAUUUGUAAAACAUGUCAAUCAACGUCAACAUAUUGUCAAUCAUGUUUCGAAGCUGAAUAGCAUAGGAUCUUAAGUUUAAAUGCUUGCACAUGUCAAAUAGGAUACUUUGAUAAUGGUCAAUUUGUUUGCUAAAGUAUUUAUUCCUUUGAAAUAGAAUGUUCAAACUCUUGUCUAACGUGUAAUGGUAGAAAAGAUAACUGUACUAGUUGCGAUACCAAUCAAUUUAGAAUUGACUAGUCUAUCAUAAAAAAGUGUCCUUGUAUGGCUGGGUUUUAUUCCGAUGUAGAUGAAAUAUGUUAAAGUAAUUCUCAAAAUAUAAUAAAGAAUGUAACAUUAAAUGCAACACCUGUUAAAUUACAAAAGAUAAUUGCACAAGUUGCUAAAUAUCUUAAUUUUCAAAUAGAUUUACCAUAUUCAAAAAUUGUAAUUGCAAAGAUGGAUAUUAUGAUGAUGGUAUAACUCUAGAAUGUAAAAAAUGCAGCUAUCCUUGUAAAAUUUGUUAAAUUAGUUCAACAAAUUGCUAACUUUGUUCAAGUAAAUUAAGAAACAUUCCUCCAACUUGUGAUUGCUAAAUUGGUUAUUUUGAAAAUCAUGAUUCUUUAUGUGAACGUAAUUUUAGUUACUAUACUAGCUUGCCAAUUUUAAUGUUAGACAUGCAAAACAAUAGCAUCAAAUUGUCUUACUUGUAAGGAAGGAAGAGUAACUAAAUUAUGUCUUUGUCAAGACGGAUACUUUGAGGCACAAUAAAUACUUUGUAUCUGUAUAAUCGUUGUAUUAUUUUAAGAAUGUGAGAAUAAAUGUUUAACAUGUUCAAACACAUCUACUAAUUGCUUAUAGUGUAAAGGAGAUCGAGUGAAUAAUCCAAAUUGCAUUUGUCCAGAUGGGUUUUACGAUGAUUUAGAAAGUGAAUAUUGCCUAUAGUGUCCUGGAUUUUGUAGAACUUGUAAUUUGCAAGGCUGCUUAUCCUGUUUGGGAAAUAGAAUGUUGACUACCGAUAUGAUUUGUGAUGAACCUUUACACUCAAAGUGUCACUUUACUACCCCUUGGUGUUCUAGUAUUUUAUUUUAUGAUAUUUUAGCUUGCGAAGUUGCUAUUUUACAAGCUAGAUUAUCUGAUGAUUUACUUUCUAUAUAAAUAAGUUUUGAUUUCCCUUUAAAUAGAAAUUAUUUUAUGUCAUAAUUUCAAGAGAAUAUUUGUUCUAAAAUCUUCAGUGAAUAAACUUAAGUCUAAUUAGGAAAAAGUCCGUAAUGCUAUUUACUUCAAAAUGAUGAUACUAUAUUUCACAUAAAAUUGGGACAUAUGGCAACAAUUAUUCCUGGAGAUCACUUAAUAUUUUAGGAGUAAAAAUUUGGUUUUGAUGGUUGUUUAAUCAAAUUAAGUAUCUUUAUUUUCAAUUAACUUUAAAAACCCUUAAACCCUUAUCCUCCUAAAAUAGACUAUGAUAUACCAACAUACAUAUUGAAUCCUUGUGAUGAAAAUGCCAUUUAUCGCCAGUCUUAAAGUAAUAAUGGUUUAAGAAACUUACAAAAUAUCUCAUGGACCUAUUAAGUAAUUGGGUCAAAUGGUAAUGGAGACCUCGAUAGUUUCAUCUAAAUUCUCAAUAAUUUCUAGUUAUUAGAAUUAAUUAUUCCUUUUGAUACCCUACCCAAGCAAUCCAGCAUAACCUUUGUAGUAAACUUUAAAAAUUUUGUUUUAGAAGAAUCUACGUCAACUAUAUCUGUUUAAACACAUUCAGGCAAAUUCCCUACAAUCCUUCUGGUAUCAAAAUAAAAAUUCUAUAGUUUUGAAAAUGUUAUCUUACAAUUUUUAAUAAGGAAAAAAGACUGCUCUGAUCAAAAUGCGAUUAUAAUUGAUAAUUCCAAUUAUUUAGUCUAAUUAUUUGAAGUUAAAAGAAAUGAUUCCUAUUCCAGACCAUCAAAAGUUAAUUUUUCAGCUCUCAUAAGCCAAACAGAAUUUAAUGUCACCGUUUAAAGUUAUCUGUUAACUCCAAAGACAACCUAUACGUUUUAAUAAAAUAUUGUAGAACCAUUAAGUGAUUUUUCAACUUCUAGAAAUAUUACUAUUGAAAUCAUUUCAGCAGGUAUUUUAUGUAUGUUUAAUGGAACGAAAAAACAAUAAAAUUACAGAAAAGAUACGUAUAUCUAAAUAUUAUGUAAAGAUCUUGAUUAAAAAUAAGAAUGGAAUUAAGAUAAAGCGAUUAAUUUUUAUGUAUAGUGUAUAGAUUUAGUACAAAAUAGAGACUGCUUUGAUAUAAAGGGAAAAGCGAUAAAAAUUAAUGAAACAGAUUACACUCAAAUUAUACCAUCAUCAACUAUUGCUCCUUUUUCUAUUUAAACGUGGUAGGUAGUGGUUUGGAAAAACUAAUAAAAAUACAAUUUUAAUCAAAAUAUCGUAUUUCUAGAGGAUGAAUAUUCUUUACUGGAAGUAAAUUACAAUUAAGGAUAUUUAAUGAGAGCUGUUAACAACUACGAAAACUUGGAGUUUAAUAUCAAUAUUCCUUUUGAAAAUAGAUAAUACUUAUUAGAAUAUUAUGUCGCUUUCAUUUAUAAUUACCAAAUUAUUAAUGUAAUGAGUUCUCAGUAUAACCAGUAUCAGUUUCGAAUUUUUGAUAUAUUUUAGCAAUUUGACAACGGAAAAAUUAUUAAUUUGAAAUUUUUGGCUUAGUUCACAGAUUAAAUAAUGCCUAAUUAAGCAGAUUUAAAUCUGACAGUAAAUUUACAACCUAAUUGUUAUUUUGCAUAAGAAAGUCAAAAUGCUUAGGCUUUAAAACCAAUACAAUUUAUUGUGAAUUGCGAUUUUAAUGAGAAUUAUCCCUUAUAAUUUUAGAUGAGAUAUUUCAUAUCCUAUCAAGAUUAUAAAGAUUUUGAAAAUCUUAAAUCUGAUUACUCUUUAAUUUUGAAUUCAUAUUAAGCUUCAAACAUUUUUAAAACUUUCCUUCCAUCUAAUUCUGAAAAUAUUAUUAUGAUAUAAGCAAUGGAUUCUUAAGGUUCAUAUACAAAUAUUUAUAAAUAAGUAAAUGUAGCUAAAGAUAUUUUAGAUUGUACUAAUGCUUAAUUUAGUACAUUUAUUUUUCAACAUUAAAUUGCUCUAUUACUUGAGAUUCUGCUAAAUCAUCAAGAAUAAUAAAACUGUAUGAAGUUAUCAAUAUAGUUGAUUAGCAAUAUCAAAAAUUAUUUUAUCUCUGAAAAAUUAAAUGAUUAGUUAUUAGCUUAUCAAACUUUAUCAUUAUACAAAAGACUAAUAUUUUAACAAGAUAAUUUAAAAUCUAAAACUAGACUGUUAACUGAAUAAUCUUAAAUUAGAUGUUUCAAUAAUCUUACUUAAACAUUUUAGUCUGAAAGAAAUCAUGCUUAUAAUUACUCUACAAAUACUCAAUCAAGUUUAAUUUAAGAGAUACAAUAUAUAAAAAAUGUAUAUACUAAUUUGAAUCUAUAGAGGAUUAAUUUAGAAAAUGAAAUCUUUGAUAACGAAUUUAUUUUGGAUGAAAAGUUAUUCUAAAAGAAAUAAGCAGUUAUUGAUGCGCUAUCAAUUAUGUUACUUUACAUUGAUGAUGUUUUCGUCAAAAUUCUAAAAAUUUAAAUAAAAAGUCCUUAAGAAUAAAAUUAAUUAUUUUAGAUAGCUUAAGUGAUAUUUUAGUUAGUGGAAAAAAUUACCAAAGAAACAGUUGUUAAAGCCAAAGUGAAUGAUCAAUAAUUAACCAUCCAAGGACAAAUUUUAAAAUGGUCUGUGAUAAAAUUAACAAAGGACACCUUUGAUAAGUUAUUUGACUUAGAAAAAGAAUUGCUAGAUGCCUUUGUAGAUUUUGUACAAAAGGAAGAACUAGAUAUAAAUUUCAAUCCUUAUAACUUAUCUACACAGUUUUAAAAUCAGCUUUCAUUAUUGUUUAAUUAAUCAACCCUUGAAAUUGAUGAGUAGGUAUUCAAAAAGACAAGACUUUAAAACCAUCUUUAUGAUCAUCGUUAUGUUGAAUAUCUUGGUUCUCUCAAACAGUAUGCAGUUGAUAUGAUUAGAUAUCCAAAAUGCCUUGAAAUUGAUUAGAAGUCAGAUAAAUAUAUUUACUUUCAGAGUUGUGUUUAAAUUAAUGGAAUAGGGGAGGUUGUCUUAUGUAAAUUAUUAGUUGAAGAAUCUGAUAAUACAACUGUCUAAGUUUCUUGCUUAUGUCAAUAAAUAGGAAGUAUCAUUUUAGUUAGAUAUUCAAACCAUUCUACAAGCAAUGGAGAUAAUACCUAAAGAAUAGGUCAUGAAUAUAAAAAAUUCAAUACUUAGUUGAAUAUAAAUGAACAACCAAUAAUUUUGUUUCAUGGUAUUUUUAUGGUUUUUGUUACUUUCUGUUUUUUGAGUUAACUAGGGUAGAAAAAGAACCAGAGCCAUUUUAAAGCUAUAUACCAAAAUCAAAUUCAACUAUUGAAGAUAACACAAUUGAUUAGGAAAAAAAAUUAUUACUUUACCCUGGAAAUUUGUAUGUUUAUUAAAAAUGUUUUAAAGUAAAUUUUGUUUCUUAUCAAGGAUAUUCACGAAUUGUUAUCCGUGUUUUUUUUUAAUUCUGCAGUAAUUAGAAGGAGCUUUACCUUCUUACAACCUUCAUUAAAGAUAAGCUUCUACAUUCCCAUCAUAUGUUUUGAAAUUGGUUGGCUAAUAAAUAUUCCAAUUUUUGCAUUCUUAAUUAUGAAUGCUUUAAUUUUCUUAAUAAUUAAAAUCGCUUUUAAAAUACUUUAAGUUCCUUAUAGAUUUAAAGGAGGAUGGCGUAUUUUAAUAGUGUUAGUAUAUUUAUCACUUCAUAUAUUUUCUUACUGUGUAUCCCUGAUUCUAAUAAUGAAAUGGUAAAAUAUUUAUAUUAUUUAGUGAUUUGGUUGACUUUAAAGCUUUUAAUUAAUAGAUCUCAUUAAUAUUAGUACUUUCUCUAUUCAUAAACUUUUUAAUGUUAGAACCCAUUAUGAUAUACUUUAGGAUAAUAAUAAUGAAAUUUGUUAUAGAGAAAUCAGAAAGGGAACCAGAAAUCCUUAUUUCUACUUCUGUUAUUUUUUUGUUUAGCACUAAAUUUUAGAUGAAAUUUUUGGGUCAUUUACAAUAUUAUGAAUAAAGCAGAUAGAAUAAAUUGAUUAUUUCUAUAUAUAUAUAUAUAUAGAUGUCGAAUUUUAUCUAAUUUAAUUAAUAUUUUAUUUAUUAAAUGUUGUGUUAUCAAAAACAUAUUACUUAUAAAUAAAAACAUUAGAGCUUUUCAAUAUUUCAAAAUUUUUGA